CCAUCUUCUCCUGUCCUUUGCUCAAGCUCCUUCCUCUAUGCCUUCCUAAACCUUCUGGUCAGCGCCUCCGUGGUUUUCCUCGUCUUCAUUGCCAGCACCAUCGUGAGCGUGGGCUUCACCAUGUGGUGUGAUGCCAUCACGGAGAAGGGCACUGUGCCCCACAGCUGUGAAGAGCUCCAGGACAUCAAUUUGGAGCUGAGCGUGGACAACUCUGCCUUCUAUGACCAGUUUGCUGUCGCUCAGUUUGGCCUCUGGGCCUCGUGGCUGGCCUGGCUGGCCAUCACCAUCCUGGCUUUCCUGAAAGUCUACCGCAACUACCGCCAGGAGGACCUGCUGGACAGCCUGGUCCAUGAGAAGGAGCUGCUGCUGGCCAGACCGGCCCCCCGCGCCUCCUUCCAAGAGGAGAAGAGCGCUGUCAUCUAGGUGUGGGCAGGGGAGCCCGGCCCCCGGACGCCCCCCACCCUGCUCGGGGCUCGUGGCCCCACCCAGGGGAGCGGCUGGGGGCUCUGCCCGGCCCCGCCUGCACCUCACCUUGCAUGUCUCCCCUCGGCACUGUGAGACGUGAGUGACCCCGCUCACCCAAGCACCCCAUUCCCACCUGGAGCGUGGCAAUUGACUGGGGUGGGCGCUGGCCUUCAGACGGACGCACAGAGGUUGCAGGGCCUCGUCUGGACCUCGUGCACACGUAGCACGCCUGUCCCGGGGGCACUGGCCGGGAGAGCCUGGGCGGGGGCAUCCACACUCUCGGACGCCUCUGGCCAUAGGGCUUGCAGGUCCUGCCUCGGCCAGACGCCGUCUCCACACCUGCUUGCCCAGAUGUGAUUCUGUGCCUGAUCCUGUGGCAGCAGCCCGUGUCCCCAGAGUGACCCCGACCCAUGAUGGCCACUUGUCACUCUCGUCCCUUGCUUUUGAGCAGUGUGUGGGACCUGGGAGCAGGGGGCCGACAGCAGGAGGGAGCUGCCCUGCCGCAUGUUCCCCACCCUCUGGCCCUGUGCUUCCCCCAUCCCUGCCGCAGGGCUGAGUUCCCUGUGCUUCUGCUCUGUGGCCCCCGGUGGCCAGGCGGGUCUCAGCGUUGAAAGCACAGGGACAGUGGUGUUGCCCGCAGUCAGGUGGUGGCUGUGUGGUUGUCCUGGCAAGCGGUGUGGUGUCAGAGCUGGGAGUCGCGCCUGGUGCCACGGGACUGGCUGGGGUGCCCCGGGUGGCCCCAACGUGCGUCUCAUAGUGUGGGGAGGUGGGGGAGGUGGGGACAUGGGCUGGAGGGGGCCCCACCUCCUAGGGAGGGAGGGACAGGGAAGGUGCCACUGCGGGUGUCUGCAUGUGCGUGUGAGUGCAUGUGAGUGUGAAAGUGUAUGUGUGAUAUGAGGGUGUGCACACUCGUGUAAGUCUGCAUGGGAAGGGUGUGUGAGCAUGUGAAUGAGUUAGCUGCUCAUGUGAGUGUGCAGCUGUGUGGGAGCAUGCGCACAAGUGUGAGUAUGAGUGUGCACAAGAAUGCGAGUGUGAAUGUGUGCGUGCACCGGAAGGUGAGAGCAGAGAUCAGAGCGGGUGAGGACACAGCAGCUCCUCAGUACCUUCACCCCCUGGGAGGCCCCCAGCGCCCCUGGCACCCCAGUGGAGGGGCUGCCUUCCCGUUUGAUGGUGUCGGAAGCGCUGAGGGCCCCAGAGGGCACGACCCCACCCACACAGGCAGGAGAGGGGCUGGGGGAGGGGCGCUGGGCCCCCGAGCUCAGGGAGAGCCACCUGCGGCUGCUCGGCUGUGGGUCCCCGUCCUCACGGCUCGCCAGCUUCCGCCUCUGCACACAGUCCUCCGAGUCCUUGCCCUAGGCUCAGUGAGCCCUUCUCAUUCCCGGACUGACCCUCCAGCUGCCCCCACCCUCCAGGGGAGGAGAGGCCUGGCUCCCCACGUCCUCGCCUCGCGGCCAGAGGCUGGUCUGGUCUCCCACGUGGGGCACAGGGUCUCCAGAGGCCGUGGAUCUGGGCGUGGAUUGAGGUGCCGAUAGGGCGGGCCGCUUAGGCCAGGGAAGGGGGGCCGCAGGUCGCCUGUACAGAGGCCACUCAGCUGGGGGCUGUCAGCGGAGAUCGGGGCCAGGUGGAUGGGGCUCCGGGCAUCUCGGAGGCUCUCUGGCCCCAGGACCUGGCUGAGAGCGCCAGGCGCGGGGGGGGGGGUCCUUGGACGAGUCGUGUCGGCAGAACUGAGGUGCCCGGCACAUCUGGUCUCACCCCAGCCCUCGCGCACGAGCUGUGGGGAACCUGUCCAGCCCCGGAGAGCUCGGUCUGUUCGCAGGAAGCAGCCAGGCCGCGGGAGGAAGGAGCAGGGUCAGGACGUGGACUCGCGCCUGAGAGUCCGUGGCAGGCUUGGGUGUGCCCUCGGCAGCCACCACUCAGGGGCUGCUCAGAGCGGUGUGGGGCUCCUCGCUCAGGCCGGCAGAGGCAUGCAACCGCGCUCACCUGUCAGUGUCACCUGCAGGGCGGGGUGGUCGCUGGCACGGUCUGUCUCAGGCCGGCGGCACCUGGCACCUGCAGACAUCCGUGCCCGGGGCCUUCCCAGGAAGGGACAGCUGGGCCCUGCGCUGGCUGUUGGGACUGAGCUGUGAGCCCUGCAGUGGGUGGGGGUCGGGGGGACCCCGGGGCAGGACGGGAAGGGCAGGGGCCGGCCCAGGCUUCCUGAGAUGGGGCCACAGCAUCGCUUCUGCGGUGGUCCCUUGCUUCUCCCAGCUGCUGUUGGAUGACACAUCUUUGUUUUAACUCUAGUUCUGACGGAAUUGAAAGUAAUGAUUCUUCCGCUUAAGUGUAUCUAUCUCUCAAAGUCAAAAUAAACAGAGGUCCUGA